AUGGAUUCAGAAAUCGUAAAAGGCAAACCUCUUACAAAAGAAGAGACAAAGUCUUUGCUUGGACUAAUAGAAGGUAGCAAAAUAAUAACCACCAAAACAACCAACGCCACAAACAGCAAACUCAAAACGGAAGAGUGGAUUCGUUUGGCAGAGCGGUUCAAUGCCACAGCUACGAAUUGUCCGAGAACACCACAGCAGUUGCGUUUGAAGUGGGAAAAUUUAAAAAAGAACUCACGCAAGCGCAGCACCCAAAUAAGCAUGAACCAAAUUAAGACUGGUGGUGGUCCUGCCGAUUAUAUACCUCCAGAUGACAUAUUAGACCGGGUGACCAGUCUAUUAGGAAGUACAGUCAGUGGGUUUACUGUGCCUUUUGGGGGUGAUAAGGAAAUGGCUUGGUUUGAUGUUUGUGGUGGUGCUGAUGGUAUAGUUGGAAUAAGUGGUGAUCUUGAAAAAAUUGGAAAUGUGACGGUGCAGACAGAACAAAUAGUAGAUACAAGUGAUACCACAAUCUCAACACCAUUAUCUAAUAAAAAAGGUAUUGAGACUGUGGCCGCUGACUAUCAAGUAUUGGAUCUAGUUGACAAAAAUUUAAUAACUUCUAAUAAAAACAAGAGGCUUACAUUUGGUACACCUAGGGCAGAGAAAAAGAAAUUUAAGCCAGAUGAGAACAGGACAGCCAGGAACACUACUAUAGCUGAAUAUUAUUCAGCGAAAAAACAAUGCUUGGACGCCAAGUUAAAUAAUAUUAACUUAGAAAAUGAUUAUUUAAAACUAAAAAAUGUAGAACUUAAAUUGAAUAAUGAAAAGCUUAAGUUAGAGACUGAGAAAUUAAAAUUAGAAUUAGAGAGGUUAAGAAAGCAAUAA